UUUGGCAAAAUAAUCACCGGAAGUUGUAUGUUAGACUACUAAUUUGACUGGUGUCUAAUCCGUCUUGCUCCGUUCCUAGCAAACACAGUUCAACGGGCUGUUAAUUCACAAUCAGAGAACAUUAUGAAUCAAGAGAAGCUGGCCAAACUUCAAGCUCAGGUCCGGAUAGGAGGAAAGGGGACCGCACGCAGGAAGAAAAAGGUUGUUCACAAAACGGCGACAGCUGAUGACAAAAAGCUGCAGGGCUCGCUGAAGAAACUGGCAGUGAACAACAUUGCUGGGAUAGAAGAGGUGAAUAUGAUAAAAGACGAUGGGACGGUAAUUCACUUCAACAACCCCAAAGUUCAGGCGUCUCUGUCUGCCAACACCUUUGCCAUCACGGGCCACGCUGAGACCAAACAGCUGACGGAGAUGCUGCCGGGCAUCCUGAGCCAGCUGGGAGCUGACAGCCUCAGCAGUCUGCGCAAGCUGGCCGAGCAGUUCCCUCGACAAUCCAUGGAAAUGAAAGCUGUCAAAGAGGAAAAUGCAGAAGAAGAGGAUGACGAUGUACCAGAUCUCGUGGAGAACUUUGACGAAGCUUCAAAAAAUGAAGCCAACUGAGGAAAAUCCUUCUACAAACGUUUUAUUAUUAUUAUUAUUAUUUUUUAUGUUAUGCAGACUCAUAAAGGUUAUUUCCUCUGUUGUUGAAACAGCUGUUAAAGGGGCAGUGCAUCACCUGCUGAGACAUCACACCUCUCGCAGCCACAAUGUGCAGAUAUGUUCUGAUUGUUAAACGCGGUGACAUGGACACACCAUCUGUAAGACCCUCUGCACCCAAAGAAGUCCAGCUACAUUAGAAAUAAGCUUCUUGUAUAACUAAACAUAGCUGCUAUUUAAGAGAUUCUUUAUUAAAUUACAAUUAAACUUAAUGAUUGAUGUACUUGGCAUUAUAAUGGUGGUUAUGGAUUUAAUAAAACGAUUUUGAGCUAA